AUGGGAAGUGAUAUUGGUACCAUUUCAUUUGAUAGAUGUACCACAGAUAUGUAUUACUGGCUUGUACAGUUAACUAUAAAACUUAGUAAAUGGAUUACUGCUGUAACUUUUGGUGGUUUGAUUCUGUUGAGGCAUGAUGGUCUUGCAUUAUGGGCUGCAACUGGGUCCGUUACAAACUUUUUACUGUCAGUUAUUUUGAAGCGGAUCUUGAAACAAGAAAGGCCUGUUUCUCAAGUGUCGUCUGGGCCCGGAAUGCCAUCUUCGCAUGCCCAAUCCAUAUUUUUCUCUCUUGUAUUUGUGAUUCUGUCAGUGAUCGAAUUGAUGGGGUCAAGUGGAGUUACGACAAUCCUUGGUGUUCUAAUCGUAACGAUUGGUUCAUAUUUUGCAUGGCUAAGAGUAUUCCUAAAUUAUCACACCACAAAACAAGUGGUAGUCGGCACAAUUGUCGGGUCCAUUUUUUCGGUUUUGUGGUUUUGGGCAUGGGAUAUAAUAGUUCAUGAAGCUUAUAACACGUAUAUGUGGGUUCAAGUUUUUUUAUUUGUAGGAGUUGCUUGUUACUAUUUAGGCUUUAUUUCCUACCUGUUUUUGCAUUUGACAAAAGAUGAAUCAUAUUGA